AUGAAAUCUCAUUCCUAACAUGAAAAUGGAACUUUGCAAUAAUUAGGUCGUUUGAGGAUACCUAAGGUACUAUUUUUACCAGGUGAACCAAUGGCCAAAUAGCGUGUUGAUUCUCUUCCUUCAAGUCCGGUGAAAGGGAUUCCAAAUUAGGCUGAUGUUUAGGAGAAGUUAAAGAUAUUGCAGGCAGAGAGAGAGGCAAGAUAGAAAUUGCAGGAGCAAGAAAUGUUUGAAAGAGAGAAACGAAGUUCGUUCAAUAGAUAAGCUCACAUAAUAAACAAGUUGCAUAAUGUCGAAUAGUAGUUAGAGAAAUGGAAGAAGACCAGACAUAACAUUGAAUUUGUUAACAAGACCAAGAUGAGCUAGAUGAUCGAAUGUCAAUAAAAGACUGGAGUUGAAUUUCACCGUUCAAUUUAACAAAGGAACAAGAGUUACUCUGAUUUUGAACAUAGAAGUGGUGGAGUUUACUUAAAUAAUGAAAUAUUUUAAAGACGAAAGGAGAGAGAGAGGGAACGAAAUUAAUUAGUAAAUUAAACUAGAUAUCGAAACAAUGUUGAUUAGAUUGAUCGAAAUGUUCGGAUAAUGCAGAAAAAGUAUAGAACAGAAAAGAAAUGUUUUGCACUUCGCAAACCCUUUUAUAAUAUAAAUGAUCUUAAAAAUUAUUCUCACUUCUUAUUAUUUUGA